AGAGAGUGUGGUUAGGGUUAGGUUAGGUUACGAUAUAACCAUACACUUUCCCCGAGUGUUUUGGUUCGAAAAAUUCGAGUAACGAGGGUGAACGAGGAUCAAGAUGAAUUUUGUCGGACGACAAUGUCUGAGAGUUUUACAAAACAACGUGAAACAUCAAAGCUUGUCGUACAAUUUCGACAGAGUGUUCAGUUUUAAGAGUGCCUUGUCGUUGGAGAAUUUGUACCCGGAAAGCAGACAGAAGCUCUACACCCCGAGUUUUGUGCCAGAUCCUAACUUGAAAUUCGAUGGUUUCAUACCCAUGAACAAGCUGGAUAUCAAGUACAGUGCUAGCAGUGGGCCAGGAGGGCAGCAUGUCAAUCGUGUUAACACCAAAGUCGAUCUGAGGUUCCAACUGAGUACUGCUACCUGGCUGUCAGAGGAAAUUAGAACAAAGUUAGCAGAACAAUAUAAAAACAAGGUAAACAAGGAUGGUUACUUGGUAAUCCAGUCGGACCUAACAAGAUCCCAACACUUGAACCUAGCCGAUGCCUUAGAAAAGCUAAGGGAAAUGAUUAGGUCUACUCUGGUGGAACCGCCAAAACCAACACCCGAAUCAGAGGAGAAGAAGAGGAAGAAUCUAUUGAGAGCCGCCAGGGAGAGACUGCAUGAAAAGAGAAUUCGUUCGCAAAUCAAGCAAAGCAGACGAGUCCCGCACACUGAAUUCUAAAAUAAUCUAGUUCGAUUAAUUUACCCAUCUAAUCACUCUGUACAGCAUAUAUAUAUAUAUAUAGAUAUAUAAAAUAACUGACAAAAUAAAGAAAGAAUACCU